AUGGCAGAUGUUGGUGGCAAUGAUGGUGGCAAUGGUGAUGCCAAUGGUGCUGACAAUGAUGAGGGCAAUGGCAAUGAUGAUGAGGUGAAUGACGAUUGGGCAACUCGUCACAUCGGCAUCGCGACCGUGCACAGGGUCACAAUUGGCAAGCGCCAGUGGUUUCCAGAGGCCCAGGAGCAUAAUGGCAGGAUCUACAUCACCCUCACCAAGGCAGAUGCAACGUUGUGUCUGCUGGUGACUGGCAAGGCGCAAAACCGGCACAGCAAGAAGGAAGUUCACAACCUGAAUGUGGAAUGGUGGCAGGAUACCAAGCAGAAAAGAAAUGAUGCGUGCACUGCCAUGCUUCGCGCUCACAUGAUGGCUGGAAUGAAGGAGGGGGAGCCACAGCCCAGGUUCAGGCAGGCGAGGGAAGAUGACCGCUUCCUGAUCGCCCAGGAGAUAUCAGUUUGGCUGCCACCAUUUACAUCAUCAGAUGGAGUCGAGUUCGAGGGCAUCAGCUGCAGAAUGCUAUGGCAUGUUAAAUCCAAGGACCUCCACGUCGAGCUCAACGAGACGAACUUGAGGUACAUCUUUGCUGCAUUGGAAUGCUCUCACCCCAUAGAAAAGAAGGAAAAGGCCCCCAAAGGUGAGCAAGAUGCGCCCAAGUCACCCAGGAGAAGACGAAGACUCAAAAGGAGGAAGAGCCAGGAGAGUGAAGGUGCAAGCCACCCUGCAGAUGCUCAAGAGGGAGCAAGCCAUGGACCGGAAUAG